AUGACCAAUUCUAUAUCUACGACGAAAGUUAGAGACGUGGCGAGCGACGGAGUUAAAAGACGGCGAGAUAGCGAUGGUAAUGGCGGGCAGGAAAAAAUAGAACGAGAUAGGGACGAAGGAGCAAUAACGAAAGAUGAGGACGGGAAAGAGGAAAAGGCGCAGGUGGUGGCGGUAGGGGACGAUGGACAACAGUGUUCGAAUUGUGGAACCACGAAAACACCACUUUGGCGGAGGGCACCCGAUGGAACGUUGAUAUGCAAUGCAUGUGGGUUGUAUCUUCGGUCCAAUAAUAGUCAUAGACCAGUGAAUUUGAAAAGGCCGCCUAAUACGAUUCGGAUUAUGAAGACGGAAGAAGGUUCGUGUAAAGGGGUUGGAAGAUGUAAUGGAACAGGAGGUUCUGUAGCCUGCAAAGGGUGCCCGGCAUACAAUAACAGGGUGGUGUUGAAGCGAGAUCCGACGAAGGAAGAAACGAGUGACAAAGAGACAGAUACAGAUGGAAACAAGACGCCAGAAAAGGUAUCUUCGCCCGCGGGCACGCAUACUCCAGAGAAUGAACCUAUGGCCAUUGCCUGCUUCAAUUGCGGAUCGACAAUCACCCCCUUAUGGAGAAGGGACGAUGUAGGGAAUACGAUUUGUAACGCAUGUGGUUUAUACUAUAGGCUACAUGGCUCACACAGACCAAUUAAGAUGAAGAGAAAUACGAUCAAGAGGCGAAAAAGAAACAUGACCCACAUCAAGAGGGACGAUUCGGAGGACAGGUUGGCUUCGCUUGCAUUAAGGGAACAACAGCAAAAACCUCAGCAGCAUCAACAGCAUCAACAGCAUCAACCUCAUCAACCGCAUCAACCGCAUCAACAGCAUCAACAGCAUCAACAGCAUCAACAGCAUCAUCAUCAACCACCCCAACACCAACAUCAAGGUAUGCAGUCACCUAUGUUGGCCAUUCAACCAAAUCAUGUAUCAUUUUAUCCUCCCUACAACGGAGGAAGAAUCCCAAAUGGACCAGGACCAGUGCCAGGACCGGUCCCCCCAGGGUUUCCAAAUUAUCCUCCUCCACAGUAUAUGUCUGGGCCACCAAUGGUUGCUCCUCCAUAUGGAUACAUGUAUCCAUAUCCACCUCCACCACAACAGAGGCCUCUGGCCCAACCUAUGCCCAUGCAACCCCAAUCAUCGCAACCGCUUCAGAGCCAGCAACCACCGCCCCAUCAUCACCAAUUACAACCACCGUCCUCAAACUUACCUAUCGAAAAUUACAAUCAGUCUAUAAAGUUGCCCAUGCUCAAUAUUCAAAAUACCAGAGCUCCUGGUUUAAGUCCAUCACCAGAACUUAUUAGAACGCCUGAGAUCAAGAACGCACUUGAGACUAGCAGGACACCUGAGGUUAGAAAGAGACCUGAGGUUAAAAAGACUUCCGAUGGGAAUAAUUCAGAAGUUAAGGGGAAGUCAAAGACUAAAGGCUCUCUUCCAUCGAUUAAAAAGGAGUCCGAUAAAUGUUGCUCCAAGUGUAGGAGCACCACUCCUGUUGCAAUCGAUUUCACUUCUUCCUAUAAAUCAGAUUCACCAAUUCCCUUACAAACUUCAGAGGAUGAUGCUACAAAAAGUACAUUGAGUAAGCCAGUAGUGACAACUUCAAGAGAUAAGUCUCCUGGUAUGUCUAUCGGAGGACUCUUGAACGAUAAAUAG